AUCUGAGUCACAUGUGUGAAACCAGGAAAUGCAGAAGUGAGAUUGAUCCACAGUUGUGUUCAUUGGAAGCGCUGAGGAAACAACUUUUUGAUCCCAAAUGGACGAUCUAAACAUUAUUGCAAACCAGUUGGAACAUAUGGAAACCAUAGUUCAGGACUGUCACAAUGGAAUAUCAAUUGAUCUCUUUUUGCAUCUCACACUUAUUCCAGCAGUGCUAAUUGCCUUCGUGCUGUCAUUUCUUCAGAAAAGAGCAAAAACCUUGGGCAUUGACCACAAACUUCCUUUGCUGCAAGGACGUUUUGGCAUUGUUGUACCUCUGGACACCAUAGGCAGCCUGAGCAAUCGUUGGUCAUAUGGGUUCGCCUUCGGUGCUGUGUCGUAUAGCGUCCUGCUGCUCUUCUCCGAACAUUAUAUUCCUUUCACAGUCCCACCCUGGGCCAGAGCUGUAGUUUAUCUGGUUGGAGCUUUGGAGGUGGGACUUGUGAACUUUCCUUUCUUUGCCUGUCUGUCAACGCCCUUCAGAACAGCUGGAGCUGUGCUAGGAAUUAUCUACUCUUUGUGUUGGCUUAUCAUUACAGUGUGGGACACAUUCACAUGUCCUGGUGGAAAGAUAUUGGGGAAAUAUCAGAAGAUAAUUGUCCUGUGGCCGUGUAUCCUCUCUCUCAUUUUUCUUUUGGGGCGAUUUAUCUACAUGUUGAUCAAAGAUGUUCGAAUACAUCUGCAGCUGGAACAGGAGGACUCAGAUGAAAUGACUGAGGAACAUCAAGUGCAGCAUGUUAAAAGACUUUUGAGGAAGAGAAGUACACACAGCGAGGUCCUGAGCUGGUUCCAGAACAGAGUAUAUGAGUGGGAUCCCUUCUUUAAGUUCCCAAACAGAAUCAUUGGAACUGCCAUCAUAUCCCUCAUAGGCCUGUAUACGAUGACGCUGGCUGACUAUAGUCUCAGUAGUAUCGCUUUUGGCCAAGUGGACAGGUGGAAGAAUACACUCAAACACUUGGUGACAUCCUGUAAUCAGACCGAAGCUUUCGGAGCCAUGAUUCCACAACUGGAAGAGUUCAUCAACGUUUCGAGAAAGACAUGGUUAGCAACUACUAUCUUUGCUAGCCUCAAUUCAGUCGCCUACACCUUCCAUGUACUGAUAUGUUACAGGAAACACUUAAAGAGACUUUGGAGAGGAGAGAGAGGUUUUCUUCCAGAGAAGUUCCUCACACCUAAGUCUGCUGUCAGUGUGGCCUCUAUCGCACGCUACUCUGGAUGGCAAAUUGCUUUUACCCUCUGGGGUUAUCUAAUGGUUCACUUUGUUCACUUCCUGGCUGCACUGUUGUUGGUUUAUGCGAUUGUCAUUCCAAUACAACAUGGCAAAAUUUGGACCAUGCUGUCCAACCUGGGCAUCCUAAUUCUAACCAUCGGUUUAGUGGUAGCUAUGGUGAUCGUCCAGAUAGUUUUGGUCCAGUUUUUUUUCCUUCAGGAUAAAUUGUCUCCCUCUGAUAAACAGAAACCUCUGGCUCUCAACAACAGAAAAGCAUUCCACUGCUUCAACUACUUUUUCUUUUUCUACAACGUGAUCAUGGGGAUAAGCAACUGCAUCAUGAGGCUGAUGAUCAGCAUUACGCUAGGAACAUGGCUGGUGUCCCGCAUUGACCGCACAAUAAUGCAGAGAGGAUAUGAAACAAUGGAUGCUGGUUAUAGUACAUGGAUUGGGAUGAUCUUUGCUGACCACUAUCAUAACAAUCCAGUUAUGGUGUGUUUCUGCAAACUGCUCGUCUCCACCACUCUGGAGAAACACACACGGUCUCUGUACUCCACGUUCAACAACACAUCAUCUGACGAUUCUACAAACAGUCAGGCCAGGAGACGAUGGGCGUUGCUUUAUACCCUCCUUAGGAACCCUCAUUUGAUCCUGCACAGGAAGCAUCACCUCUCCUCAAUGGCAACAUUAGACACAUCUCCUCUUCAAAUGGACACAGUAAUGCAAGCUUGGUUUAUGACUUCACAAACACAGAGCCAUAAUGCAGCAAUGGUACACUUACCAGCAAGCACUGUGGCACCAACAACAGAUAACUAAAAUAGCUUUGACACCAAUAUAUAUUUUCUCAAUGUUUGGAGCUCUCUCAUCAAAAUUCACCUUGAUAUAUUGUAAAAAGGUGAAUUUCACUUUGUAUGCACUUCAUAUGCAAAAUAAAAGUUUUUAAAAAAUAUUAUGUUAAAAAAAAAACAAUAGGUUUAACAACGGCAUUCCUGAAUGUAUGUCAUUUUGGGAUGUUUUUGCAUUUUUGUACACAGGUUUGUGCUUAAUUUUCCUUGGUUUGUUAAUUUAGCACAUCCUGCGGUUAUGUUUGAAAUUGAACUGAGUGCUUGAGAUGUGACUGGCUCAUUGUCUUGUAUAUCUUAUAUGUUUUUAGUUACAAUAUUUCCCGUUCAUUAUUAUUUGUGUUUACUUUUGUAAACUGAAUUCUUCUUCUUGCACAUGUUCUCUUCUAAUAAAUAAAUGCAUAAAUACAA